AACAAAAAUGGCGUCUGUUUUGUUUUGAGAUUUUUCUGCGUGCGGUGGGCGGAGUGUUUUGGCUGUCUGUUGGAAGUUUUUCCGAGAUUUUUCCACCUAAAUCGAUUAUUCAUGUAGAAAACUGGACUCAAUUCUUUGAACUUAAAUUGGAAAUCAAAACCUGCUGGUAAUAAGAAAUCGUCAACAUGUCGGCGCCCCCGAAAUUUGCCGGCACUGGCCUGGAAGAGGUAAACGUUCCCGGGCAAGCCUAUCUCCGUGAUGCAUUGUCCUGCUGCGAUGACCCGCUCAAGGCAAUUGAAAAUUUCCAGCUGGAAAACGGCAUUCUGCUACCAUCGUUGCGACCGAUGCUUCCUCUGUUGGAUUUGCACGGAGUGAGGAGGUUGGAUUUUCACACCUCGGUUCUGGAGGAAUUGAGGGAUAAGUUGAUAGCUCACAUCAAUGAAGUGGGUGCCAAGGAAGGUCGGGAGCGGGAUCGAAAGUUGAAGGAACUGCUGGUCAAGAGCUUUCCGGUGGUUCGGGUGAAAGCUCUGCGUCCGGUCGUUAUGUGCAUCCUGAGGAAUACCGCUCACAUCGAUGAUAAAUAUCUGAGGAUUUUGGUGCGGGAUCGGGAGCUGUAUCAGGAUACGGACACCGAGGUUAAGCGGCAGAUUUGGCGGGACAAUCAGUCCUUGUUUGGGGAUGAAGUUUCGCCGUUGCUUUCCCAGUAUAUUCGCGAGAAGGAACACAUUUUGUUUGAUCAUUUAAAUUUGAACAAUUUGUUCUUCACUCCGACGCCAAAAGUGCGUCGUCAGGGAGAAGUUGUUCAGAAGUUGGCCCACAUGAUAGGGAACAGCGUCAAAUUGUACGACAUGGUUUUGCAGUUUCUGAGAACUUUGUUCCUUCGCACCCGAAAUGUCCAUUACUGUACUUUGAGGGCUGAACUGCUGAUGGCGCUACAUGAUCUGGAAGUUCAGGAUAUCAUAUCGGUCGAUCCGUGCCACAAGUUUACCUGGUGUUUGGACGCUUGUAUUCGUGAGAAGAAUGUCGAUAUCAAACGGUCCCGGGAGCUUCAGGGUUUCUUGGACAACAUUAAACGGGGCCAGGAACAAGUUUUGGGUGAUCUUUCGAUGACGUUGUGCGACCCGUACGCGAUCAAUUUCUUGGCAACAUCUGCGAUUAAAAUUCUGCAGCAUCUGAUCAACAAUGAAGGUUUGCCGCGAGAUAAUACUAUUUUGAUUCUGCUGCUGAGAAUGUUGGCUCUGGGUUUGUCCGCCUGGAUUAUGAUAGAUUCGCAGGACUUUAAGGAACCGAAGCUCGAUAGCCAAGUGGUGACGAAAUUUCUGCCAGCGCUGAUGUCCCUGAUGGUGGAUGACCAGGUCCGCAAUCUGCACGCCAAACUCCCGCCGGAUGAGCGCGAGAGUGCCAUCACGACGAUCGAACAUUCCGGUCCGGCGCCAGACGCCGUCGAAGCUUACAUUCAGGAAAGCUCGGUUGCUUCAAUUUUAGCUAUGUACUACACGUUGCACACGGCUCGCCAAAAGGAUCGUGUUGGAAUCCUACGUGUGAUGGCCAUUCUUUCGUCCUGCAAAGACGAUCGAGCCUACGAGGAUCCGUUCCUGCAUUCGUUGAUUGCUCUGACGAUUCCGAUGGCGGAGGAAUUUUCCAACGAGGACUUCUGUACCGGACUGUUCGAUGAGUUUCUGUUUGCCGGGCUGACCCGGGACAAUGUUACCCGGCACAUGUUGAAGCUGCUGUGGUACGUGCAUCAGAAGUUGCCCCAAGGACGGCUACAGACGCUAAUGAAGGCGCUCCAGCCGAAUGCCCAACACCAUGAGAAUGUUCACAAACUGUACGAGAAUCUUCAGAAGCGGGUGAUGGCCGUUCAUCACGAACCGGCACCGGAACCGAUGGACACAGACUUUGAUUCGCCGCUGAAGAGCGUUCCAACCCCGGGACCGCACUACGGUUGAGUAUUUUUGAAGAUUACAGACGAAUAGGAUUUUUUCUUAGGAUAAGCACUGAAUGGAAACAAAAUAAACCUAGUUUUUAAACGUGUAAA